AAUCUUGGUGAUGCGGCGCGGUUUAAUCUCGAUGGGCAAGAUGUAGGUUAUGCCGUUGCCGUUACGCGACCAAUCGCGAUGAUCAGCGAGGAUCGCGGGUUCGUCAACGUCGGUCUUGAUGCGGCUUCGUUGGUUGGUUCGGCGGUGAUAAGCUCUUCUGUGGACUUCUCUUUCUCCUUUCCGUCGUCGUCUAUGUCGUACUGCUGGUGGUGGUGGUAUCAUUAUCGUCGGGGGAGCGUGAUCGUGAUAAUGGCCAUGACAGCUUCUCGGCAUUCACAUCGGAGCUGUCAUGCCGUUGCAGGUGGGUUCUUACAGAGUUUGGGUUGGGGAGUGUCUGAUUCAACUCUUCCACCG